CCAAAUUCUUCGCGUACGAAUGUUGUUUUCUCCCCAGAUCUGAGAAGUUUCAGGCAGCAGUUGUUCCAACGUGGCGUCGUCGGGGCCGCAAGGUUUGUCUAGAAGGAAAACUUCAUCCUCAGCGUCGUCGGAAUCGCCGUCGUCCCGUCCAGGUGUUAGUAGAGUAGUAAUCAGAGAGUCCUCGGGAAAGGAUUUCAGACCUCAGUAUCCGUUCUGGUUACAGAACUGGUUCAUAGGAUUACUUCUCGUGAUGGCCAUGGGAUUCUUAGCUCUCGCUGUUUUCCUUUUCCUCAACCUCGAUGUCGAUCACGGAUCUCCUUCCGCUGCCUCCGCAACUUCCUCUCCCGGCGUCGAGAUCACUUACGGGACGGUUCUUAAGCUGAUGCAUGAGAGAACGAAGUUUCGGCUUCAUUCUCACGACGUGCCAUAUGGUUCUGGCAGCGGCCAACAAUCCGUGACGAGCUUCCCCAAUGUAGAUGACUCCAACAGCUACUGGAUUGUGAGGCCUCCACUGGGGCCAUCUGCUAAACAAGGUGAUACUAUUAAAAGCGGGACAGUUAUUAGGUUGCAGCACAUGAGGACCAGAAAAUGGCUGCACAGCCAUUUGCAUGCAUCCCCAAUAUCAGGCAACCUAGAGGUUAGUUGCUUUGGAGGAGAAACAGAAUCAGAUACUGGUGAUUAUUGGAGGCUCACCAUCGAGGGGAGUGGGAAGACAUGGAAGCAAGAUCAAAAGAUUCGUCUUCAGCAUGUUGACACUGGUGGCUACCUCCACAGUCAUGACAAGAAGUACGCCAGAAUAGCUGGUGGACAGCAAGAGGUUUGUGGUGUCCGAGAAAAGCGUGCUGAUAAUGUAUGGUUGGCAGCAGAAGGUGUUUAUCUCCCAGUUACAGACAGCAAGUAGAAAAUAGCCAAUUAUACAGGGCAGUUAUUUAGAAAAGCAGGUGCAUGAAUAUUGGAUUUUUAGGUGGCUGGUCCCUGUUUCUAUCAUAGCUGUAGGCUUUUCUACUAAUUGAAAUAUAUUUCACAGAAGAAUAUUCAGUGCUAAAUGAUAUGUAAUGAAUGUUUUGCACCUUUAGACAUUACUUAUCUUAGUCCAUCCUUAUAUGGUUUCAUUUUGUCAUUGUUGUCCAGCAGGUUAAUUUCCUGCUUAUGCAAACCUAGGAUGAGAAGGAAAAAUAGACCAUAUAAGUUGAAUGCGGGUAUUGAUGGUGUCAUGUAUUGUCUGUACUGUGAUCGUAUUCCCAAUGGUAUUAUGUUCUCACAUAUGGAUAAAUCUUGAAAUGGUUU